GUCAUUGCAGAGAAAACAAAUAUUUUUGAAACGACAAAGACUGUCUGGAACUUGGUAUUACUCGUCUCAAAUAGUUUUGGUCGAAAUCUGACCUCAAAUUCAAUAGUUUGAUUGUGAGUUGAAAAGAUGGCAACGAAUCCAGCGGAAGAGCUAGAAUUGUUAGAACGUGUCCUGUUGAGGCUCGGAUGCGCUGACACGGACGAACAGCUGCAGAACACGGUGACGAAGUUUCUAACGCCGGUUCUCAUCAAGAUUACAUCACCCCACGAGGCUGUCCGGAAGAAGGUGAUGGAGAUUCUGACGCACAUAAACAAGCGGCUCAAGUCGCGGAAUCAAAUCCAGCUACCGCUAGGAUCGCUGCUACAGCAGUAUCAAGAAUCGAGCUCGUCAUUUUUAAUGAACUUCGCAAUAAUCUAUAUCACGAUGGGAUUCCCACGGUUAACGAUUGAGGAACAGACGGAAAUGGCUCCGCUGUUAAUGAAUUGUCUGGAAGGAAAACCGGAACCUCAUCAGGAUAAGAUUCUUAUGUUAGUCCUUCCUUUGCUGGGAGAAAUUAAGAUUCCAGAGAAUCCCGACAGUCGUUCCGAGUUGUUGGGGCUUUCGGGUAAACCACAUACCAAACAACAAUUCCUGUCGAUUAUUAUGGAUCUGUUGCUGCUCCCAUACGGAACCACGCAGGACGGGGAGGUCCCACCCGGUAUGAGUACCUACUCGUUCAGACGUGUGACAACGGUACAGAUGAAGGCAGAAGAUCUGGAAAAUUUGAAGAAAGGUAUUGUCCGGUUUCUAUGCGGUGGAAUUUUCCCCGAGCAGGAAACGCUGGCCCAUCUGAUUGUGGCUUCGGCAGAUACAAGAUUCUCGGUGGCAACCCCGGCUAUCGUCGAACUGAACAAAAUAUGCUCUUCCAUGGAUUGGACCGAUCCCAAAUUAUCAUCUCCUCUGUAUACUUUGUUUUCUGGGAAUGGCUCGAAGAUUCCGGAUCGUAAGACCAGUCCGGUCAGCACUCGCGUCCGACAGAAGCUAUUUCAACACUUGCUCAAGUGUCGUGGAAACGGAAUCAUAACUGCCAAAGGAAUUCAAGUUAUUUUUGAGGCACUGUUUGGAGAAAAUACAAACCAGAAGUGUAAGGUUCUGGCGUUGCAAUUCACUGACAAGCUGAUAACAAAUGGUCAACCGGAUUUGAUCAAUAAACUGUCCAAGGUUUUGUUGACGGGAAUAUCAAAGUUGAUUGGCCCCUCGUCGGAAGAGUCAAAUGAGGUCCAGAAUGCUGCCUACAAUGCGAUGGCUCAACUGGCGAUCGUUUGUCCGUCAACCUUCAACCAGGAUGUUCAACAGGUGGCUUCCUACUUCGACCAUCUGUCGCAAUCUCCGGUCGAGCUGCACACUUCGAUACGGGAAGCCUUGGUUGCCCUGGCACAGGCUUUCGACUGGAGAAAACAACCGAAAGCUAGCAGCGGUGAUGUUGAAAUGAUACCGGAAGGCGGGGACGAAAGGGUUGUCACAGCGAAUGGGCGAUUCUUGCCAAAUUCCAACCAGAUUCUGCUCUUGGGAUUACUGGGCGAGAAGGCCGAAUCAAAGCUGACAAUAGUGCAGAAUGUGACGUCCGUGUUUCUGACCACCUGCUUUCCGGAUUACUACGUCCCAUCGAGGUAUCUGCUGUUGAUUAUCUGCGGAGGAAGCUCACAGUUGAGGGAAAUGAUGACCACUUACUUGUAUGGUGUUUCCAAGAAAGAUCAUUUGAAUUACGGAUCGAUUCUAUCAGUCGAUAAUUACGUAGAGGAAUCUUUGGAGAAGGAGCCCAUCAACCCAUUCUCCGCUACAAAUGAACCUAAGCGAAUUGUUCUGCCCAACUUCCGGGAUAUGGUUGAGUACGUUGCCGCGAAGUCAGAAAGAAAAACUGCCACAAUCAUCGAUCGCCCCGGCUAUGGGAAAGUCAAACUUCCGUUUAAUUUCGAUACAUACAUCGAAGUGCUAGACUAUCUGAGAAUUUGUCUGCUAUUCAAUGCCGGCGUUAACACUCAUCCCGGAGAUGACAAAGAACUGUUGAAGCUGACCAGUUUUUUGAAAAAGUUCAUCAGUGAAGAUGCCAAUCACGAGAUCAUCCGCAAAUACAACGAACUAAUUCGAAAACUGAUCAUCGUUCGAAAGGGCAUUACCGAACUCACUUGUUUGUAUGAUUUGGUGAAUGGUAUUCCGGAAUUCAUAGCCAAAGAAAAUAAGGAUCUCCUUGAGACGCUCGGAUCUUCGCUCAAGGAAAUUUCGGAACCUAGCAGAGCUUUGAUCGCAAAAGUGUACGGUGUUCUGUUGGCUUAUAAUAGCGACGAGAAGGAACUAGAAGGUCAAGUGAAAGAACUCCUAGCGCUAACAAACAAAUCACUCGAAAAUCGGCACGGAUCGAUCCUAGCAGCAUCGAAUGCAGUCCACCGGAAAUUAACCCUCACCCAAGAUCUCCAAAAUUGGCCAGUCUUCAAAAACCUCGUAUCGCUUCUUAUCUCCCUUCUCAAUGACCAACAAUCGCUCCUCCAGUCUGCCUCGAUCCAAAGCAUCAGCUUGAUUGGAUCUUCUUCGAAACUCCCACUUUCCGAUGAAGAUGAAGCCCCGGACGAGGAUGCGUCCAAAAUGGAAACCGACCAGAAGGAAUCGGUCACUAAGCACUCGUUGCUCAAAAAACUUAUCGAACUACUUAAAAGUGGCCACACAAAGGCCAAAAUUCGGGAGAAUGUUGCCCAUUGUCUCGGUUAUCUGGCUGUCGGUGACAUGGAGUUUUUCGCAAAGCGACUUCUGCAAGCGUUCCUUGAUUUGCUCAAGCUGACCAAGGAUCCGGCGCUGCAUAUCGCGAUGGGUCAGGCACUGGUUUUCACACUUCAGGGACUCUCCAGUGGGGAUCGACAGGCUGAGGAGGAUUCCGCUGGGAAUGUGAGCGAUGAAAUGCUCGGCUGGUUUCUGAUCGAGCUGGUCAGGAAGGUUAACGAACCGCACGCGUAUCUCAAGCAGGCUAGCGCCAUUUGGUUGCUUGCGAUUGUGAAGAAUUGCAGCAAGCGGAAACCGGUGGUUGAUAAUAGGCGGAUUUUGCAGCUGGCGUUUACGGAUUUGCUCUCCGAGGAUAAUGAACUGGUGCAAGACGUGGCAUCUCGAGGUUUGGGAAUAGUAUAUUCACUCUCUAGCAACGAUAAUCAAGAGGAACUCUCGAAUUUACUGCUGGAUCAGCUGAUUGGCGGAAGACGUCAGGUACAGAAAGUGACUGAAGACACCAAACUGUUCGAGGAAGGCGUUCUUGGGAAGGCUCCAACUGGUGGAAACCUGACCACCUACAAAGAACUCUGCAGCCUGGCCUCGGAUCUGAACCAACCGGAAAUGAUCUAUCAGUUCAUGCAGCUUGCGAACCACAACGCCACCUGGAACAGCAAGUUGGGCGCCGCUUUCGGGCUGCAGUCGAUCUCGAAAACGGCUAAACUCAAGAUGGAACCCUACCUGGGGAAGAUCGUCCCGCGGCUGUUCCGCUAUAAGUACGAUCCGACGCCAAAAAUUCAGAACUCAAUGAUCAGUAUCUGGGACUCGGUGGUGAGUGAUUCGAAAAGCACCGUCGAGGCGUACUACUGGGAGAUUUUGGAGGAUGUGAGCAAAAAUAUGACGUCGGCGGAGUGGAGGACUAGAAUCGCUUGUUGUUUGGCGGUGCGGGACUUGAUCAAAAGAAGCACCGGGUUGAAGCUUCGAAGCGAUGAGAGGAACAAAAAGAGCGGAGCUGCUGAGGUGAUGGAGGUGGAUGAGAAAGUGCCAGAACCCGAGCUGGCGUAUCUGUGGAGCCAGUUGUUCCGGGUAAUGGACGAUAUACACGAGGGCACGAGGUUGGCCGCGGAAGGGACGGCUAAUGCUCUGAGUAAGGUAUGCGUCGUGGCCGCUUCCAGUGAACACAGCAAAUCGGGUCUGAAUGUUUCCAGUUCGAUUAUUCCGUUGUUCUUGGAGACUGGAGUUACCCAUACCGUUGCAGAGAUUCGAAAGUUGAGUAUCAAAACAAUAUCGGAUUUGAUAGAUUCUGCUGGAUCGUUGAUACUGCCUCACCUGGUGAGUCUAGUGCCGUGUCUUAUCCAAGCUACCGGAGAACUUGAUUCGGCCAAAUUAUCCUACUUGUCUACGAUGAUGGCUGGUCAGUCUGGAACGCAAGAAGUGGUGGAUUCGUUGAGAGCAGAGGCGGCUAAGCAGCAUUAUACGAUGGAAACGCUCUCGAAAUGUAUUAGGCAUAUCGAUUUCCCAACCCUGGAGAAGAUGACCCCAGCAGUUCUGGACGUUUCUCGAACCGGGGUCAACUUAGGAACGAAAGUUGCUUGUGCUCAUUUCAUUUGCUUAAUAAGUAUUCAGCUUGGUUCCCAGAUGCAGCCUUUGACUGGGAAGUAUUUGGGUUCUUGUUUCACCGGCUUGUCAGACCGAAAUGCAACUGUCCGCAAGUAUUACGCUUCUGCCAUUGGGCAUCUGAUUGGAACAGCUAAAGAUCAAUCGAUCGUUCGAUUGUUUGCGAAGCUCCAAGAGCUCUACUUCGAGAAACAAUCCAGUCGGGCGGUCCCACUGACCAUUCAGGCAAUCAACAAGCGGCAUCAGGAAGUUCUCAAGGACUACUCAUCGAACGUACUUCCGCUAAUGUUCUUUGCAAUGCACGAAGAGGUAACUGAAGAAAAUAAAUCUACCAUCGAACUGUGGCAGGAACUCUGGCAUGAAACUAACACCGGCGAUGCGGGAUUGCGCAUGAAUCUGGAUGCGAUCCUGGAGAUAUUGGAAGCCAAACUUAACGACCCCUCGUGGUUACUAAAAGCGCAAGCUGGUAACGCUAUUAAUACGUUGGCAACAAAACUGGGUUCCAAUCUGGAUGAUGCGAUUCGUUUGAAGCUGGUGGACCUGAUCUUGGCGAAUUUAGGUGGGAGAACUUUCCACGGUAAGGAAAAGUUACUCCAUGCGCUCGCCAGCUUGUGCAAGAAUCUUAAGAAAGAAUCGAACCACCACACCAGAAUCAUUGACGCCGUGAUGAAGGAAUGCCGCAAAGAGGAGCCGGUGUAUCGAACACAAGCGCUCAAAUCGCUGGGCAACAUUCUGGACGAAUUGAAGGAGGAUCGGUUCGAAGAGGUGUACAACAUGGUGUGGCAUCUGCUCGAUAAGCAGGAUUUGUCCGAUAGCGAGAAGGAUGAGAAGGAGAUCGUUUCGUCGGACGAGAAGAACAAGCAGAUGUUGAUUUUCAUCAACCUGAAAGAGACUGUGUGCGAGACGCUGGGAAAGGCCUGGCCGGAGCAUUCGAUCGAUACCCAGAAGCGCUACCAGCUUAUGUUCGUGGAGAAGUGUGCCCAGUGUUUGAAGCUCAACACCCGGCAAGUGCAGAUGUGUUUGUUGCAAGCUUUGGGGAGAUUUCUGGAGCGGCUUCACUUGCUGAAAAAGGAGGAGCACAAAGUGGAAGAGAACAAAGAGAAAAAAGCCAAGGUAGAUUCGGAGGGCGGUGAAAUAUUGGAAAAGAUCUGCAAAACUGUUCUGUCGGCUAUUGUGGAAGUGGCAGGCAUUCCCCAUACAGGUUUGAAGAAGGAAGCCCUGAACGUUAUGUUAAUUCUGAUUAACAAAUUGAAAGCGAAUGAGACUACAAAUGGGCAGGAAUUUUCGAUGGUUCGGCAGACCUUCGAGCAGAUUACUACUCUGCUUCAGAAGGACGCUGCUCCAGAAAUAAAAUGCCGACUUAAGGAUAUAGAGGAUAAGCUGAAAUAGAGCGGAAACCAGUGAUAGUGUUGUCCGAAGAGGAAAAUAUAAAGACCGUGACAAAUUCGCAGGUUUACAAAGGUUUGCUGUUUGAAUUAAUUUAAUAAUCAUUGCAUAGCCAUAUGAUGUUCAAAACAUAAUAACAUUCAUGAACAAA